GGAGGAGCCAGCGGGCCCUUGCUACGGCUGCGGCGCGGCGGAGGGAGAGAGAGCUGCCCCCUGCGCUCGCUCUCAUCUCCGCGCCGUCCUCCGGAGCGCGAUGCCUGGGACGGUGCAAGGAGAAGGGAAGGGAGCUGCUUCUGUCCACCAGGAAAAAUGAAUGUUUGCUAAAGAACAAAAAGUAUCCCCCUACAAGCAAGGCUUUGCUGAUGAGGAAGCCAGCGGUACCCUCCCUUGCUUGAUCAUGGGCACCAAAAAUGAAGAGAUGGUUUCUGUGGAGCAGAACUUGAACCCUCUGUGCUUUGAAUGUGGCCAGCAACAUUGGACAAGAGAGAACCACUUGUACAAUUACCAGAAUGACGUGGACGAUGACUUGGUCUGCCAUAUUUGCCUUCAACCCUUGCUACAGCCAUUAGACACACCUUGUGGUCAUACCUUCUGCUAUAAGUGCCUACGGAAUUUCCUGCAGGAGAAGGACUUCUGCCCUUUGGAUCGCAAAAGGCUUCAUUUUAAGUUGUGCAAAAAAUCCAGCAUCCUUGUUCACAAACUGCUUGACAAGCUCUUAGUGUCAUGUCCCUUUUCCUCUGUGUGUGAGGAAGUGAUGCAACGAUGUGACCUGGAGGCACACCUCAAAAACAGGUGUCCUGGGGCUUCCCAUCGCAGAGCUGCCUUGGAGAGGAGAAAAAAUAGCAAAUUGCUGGCAGACACAGAGAGUGAGAAUGAGAGCAGUAUGAUAGAUCGGCCAGGUUCUCAGUCUCCUGAUGUGGAGCACGCUGGGACAGGCACAGCACCAGCAGAGCAGAACUUUACAUCAGCAACUGUUCCUGUGUGGACCGAUGAGUCUGGCCUUGACAACCCGGCCUUUGAAGAGAACACGGGGGCUGACCCAACUCAUCAGCCACCAAGUUUGCCGGAAGGCGAAAUCACAACCAUUGAAAUACAUCGGUCCAAUCCUUAUAUUGAGCUGGGAAUUAGCAUAGUGGGUGGCAAUGAAACACCUUUGAUCAACAUUGUUAUUCAAGAGGUUUAUCGAGAUGGGAUUAUUGCCAGAGACGGAAGGCUCCUUGCUGGCGAUCAAAUACUGCAAGUCAAUAACUUUGAUAUCAGUAAUGUGUCCCACAACCAUGCAAGGGCUAUCCUUUCCCAGCCUUGCACAGUUCUCCAUCUCACUGUCCUCCGGGAGAGGCGGUUUGGAAGCCGAACUCACAACCACAGUGAUAGCCCUCCUCAGCGGGAGGACAGUUUUCACGUGACUCUGCAUAAACGAGACUCCAAUGAACAGCUUGGUAUUAAGCUGGUGCGGAGAACGGAUGAGGCAGGAGUUUUUGUCCUAGACCUCUUAGAAGGUGGCUUGGCUGCUCAAGAUGGCCGACUCUGCAGCAACGACAAGGUGUUGGCUAUCAAUGGCCAUGACCUGAAGCACGGCACACCUGAAUUGGCUGCUCAGAUUAUCCAGGCCAGUGGUGAACGGGUGAGCCUCACCAUUUCCAGGCCAGCUAAAUCCCAGAUUGUCAGCAUCCUCAGAGAUGGUGGGACUCAUUCCAUCAGCCAACACCAGUCUCAUCAACUAUAUCAUAGUAAUAGGCCCAGCCCACAUAAGGAUCUUUCCCAGUGCGUUACUUGUCAAGAGAAGCACAUCACAGUGAAGAAGGAGCCCCAUGAAUCCCUCGGCAUGACUGUGGCAGGAGGCCGAGGCAGCAAAAGUGGAGAGUUACCAAUAUUUGUCACGAGUGUGCAACCCCAUGGCUGUCUGGCAAGAGAUGGAAGGAUUAAAAGAGGUGAUGUGCUGAUGAAUAUAAAUGGCAUUGAUCUGACCAACUUAAGUCACAGCGAGGCAGUGGCCAUGCUGAAAGCCAGCGCAGCCUCCUCAGUCGUUGCCCUUAAAGCUUUGGAGGUCCAGAUUGCCGAAGAACAGCCCCAGGCAACUGAUGAGCAACCAAGCACCCUCAGCGAGAAUGAAUACGAUGCCAGUUGGUCACCCUCGUGGGUAAUGUGGCUGGGACUUCCAAGCUGCCUGCAUAGCUGCCAUGACGUCGUCCUACGGAGGAGCAAUUUAGCAAGCUGGGGCUUCAGCAUUGUAGGUGGCUAUGAAGAGAACCACACGAACCAGCCUUUCUUCAUAAAAACAAUUGUCCUGGGGACACCAGCGUACUUUGACGGAAGACUAAAAUGUGGCGAUAUGAUAGUUGCAGUUAAUGGACUUUCGACGGUGGGCAUGAGCCAUUCAGCAUUGGUUCCUAUGUUGAAGGAACAGAGAAACAAAGUAACUUUGACAGUUAUCUGCUGGCCAGGAAGUCUCGUAUAGACCUGCAAAAAGAGAAAGAGAAAGAAACUUUGGUUCAAGCAGCUUACUUUUUUCUAGAUGGCUGGUUUAAAAUCCUCAAAGCUGUGUUUUUUGUUGAUUUCUUUCUUUACUACUACUGAUACAGCUGGUAAUAAGCUGGGCCAAAAACUGCUGUGUUCAUAUCUUGGGUGGGUAUUCGGGAAGGAAGAUUCUCAACCUUACUUUGUGCAUCUUUCCAUCUUGAAACCACUAUUUCUGCCAUGUUUUGGUUUUAUUUGUGUUAUUUUCCAUGUUGACACUCAAAGCAUCCAUGUGCACAUACCACACUGUAGGAUCCUGGGGGUGUUUUCAAGGUUGUCUUCCUCUGACAAUUGUAGUGCUUUUCUUCUUUUCACACAGGAGACAAGCCUGCCAGGGUUCUCAGUGCCAGCUGUGCUGGGCCCUGUGUUGAUAGCCUCUGGUGCAAACAUACCGGCAGAAUCAGUAUAGGGGGGAAUGGCAAUUGUCCUCCAAAAAUUUGCAAUGGGAAGCAGCACCAAAUCCCCAUAACAGGAGGUGUGAGGCCUUUCCUGUUUUGCUUCCAGGUUUGCUGCCAUCAUCACUAGGGAGGCAGAAGCACCUUUUAAAUGUUGUUAAAGUGUAUUCCCGGUGUUACUAUUUAACCAGAGUGCUCCUGCGAGCCGCACCUAUUCUUGAAAGUGUUUGUGUCUCUCAAAGCAUGGGCAAUUUUGUUAUGGCUGUCACGCAGAAGCAGCAGGACACAGUUCCAUGAAGCGCCUGCCCCACAGAAUAUAACCCUGCUGUGUGAGAGUAGCGCAGCACACGGAUUGCCCUCAAUUGGGUGAAAAGUUGCUAAGCCAGUGCCAGCUGCCACUAGGAAUAUGCAGAGCUAGCCUGGAAACUCUCCAUGCAAGGAAGCAAUUGAUAUUAAUCCACUGUAGCAUUUUCUCCAGUGGGUUUCCUCAUGGUGGUUGUAGCAUAUGGAUCUGCCAUUAUAAAUCAACAGUCCCUGUUUUCGUUUUCAAGCAUGGUGUUUGCUUGUGAGAGCACCCUUGCCAUUCAGUUAUUGUAUAGAUAGGGUCCUCAGGGGCAUUGGGUGCACUGGUAUGACUCCACCAUCAGCUUUACAUCAGAUAUACCACCAGUAGGCAGCCAGUCUGUAAGAUCUGCUCCAUCUCAUGGGUUGUUUCUGCAUCAGACGGACACUCAAGUGUGUCCUACACACCCAUGCUGCGCUGUGCUAUGGAUAUGGUUGUGUAUACUCUAUGCUGAAGAUAUCCAAAUGUGUAAUCUGAAUAAAUUAUGAACUUGCA